AUGAGUCAAGUAAUUUCUCAGCUGAUUGUCCAAGGAGAAACCGUUCCCGCCAGCAUUGACUGGUCCCCCUUCGCCUACAACACGCUCCUAAUCCCCACCGAUGCCGCGCUUAUCGCAAGCGGCCUUCUCGUCCAGCCGACAACCCCUGAAGAAGCACUCAGCCUCUUUAAAAGCGUCUCCUACAACAUCAUUAAGGGCAUGAAACCAUUCUCCCAGUUGAAGGCUCUUGCUGUUGGAAAGACCUUACAUUGCACAUGCGACAAGAGGGAGGGAGUUGGCAUGGCACAGCGCUGGAAGGGGCUGGAAUUGGGGGAGCCUUCCCCUCGGCCUCUCUCCUGCCUUCCCUGCCCUGACAUCCCGAUUCCCCCCGACCGAUCGCCCAUCCCCACCCCACCCCACCCCUGUCUUCUCCGCCCUGCUGUCCCCUCCCCUAACUCCUCUUGUAGCCGCCCACAGCCCAACCCCUGGUUCUCGAAGACUCGAACCAAGCCGACACCCGUGGCGCCGCCGACAACGCAGCAGAUAAUUAAGGAGCUAAAGGAGUUAAAGAACAAGCUAUCGAAGCGAUUCCAAUUCAUAAUCAUGAAUCAAGCAGUCGGUCAAAUUAUCGAGCAAGGAGCGACGGUUCCCGGUGACAUAGACUGGUCCCCCUUCUUUUACAACACGGUCUUAAUCCCCACCGACUUUGCGCUCAAGCAGAGUGGCCUCCUCAACGAGCCUAAAACCCCGGAAGAUGCAAUCAAUCUUCUGAAAAGCAUUUCCUACAACGUCGCAGGCAUGGAGGAGGACGAUCGGUCGAUCGCGGCGCCCGAGGGGAAGAACAAGGCGAUCGACUACGACAAGCUCGAGAGGGACGUGGACCACCAGCGAGAUGUGGCUCUCAAGGAGGGGAGGCUGACUGAAGCUCUUGACGCGUUGCUGGGCUUGGAGAAGCAGAUGCGCCUGGCUGCUGACGUGGUGGGGACGCGCACGGUGGCGGUGGCCAUUCUCAAGGUCUGCCACGAGGCAGCUGCGUGGAAGCUUCUCAACGAGCAGAUCGUGGCGCUGUCGAAGCGCCGAGCGCAGCUGAAGCAGGUCGUGGCAGCGAUGGUGCAGGAGGCCAUGAAGUACGUGGAUGACGCACCUGAUGACGUCAUCCGCGAGGAGCUCAUCAAGACGCUCAGCGGGGUUACAGCCGGCAAGAUCUAUGUGGAGAUAGAGAGGGCGCGCCUGGUGAAGCGCCUGGCGCGCAUGAAGGAGGCGGAGGGCAAGGUGAAGGAGGCCGCAGAGAUCAUGCAGGAGGUGGCGGUGGAGACUUUCGGAGCCAUGGCAAAAACAGAGAAGAUUGACUUUAUUCUGGAGCAGGUCCGCCUGUGUCUCGACUCUGACGACUUCAUGAGAGCACAGAUCCUCGCAAAGAAGAUCAGCCCGCGUGCAUUCGCCUCAGAGACCGUGGAGGCAGCUGAGAAGGCCAAGGCGGCAGAGGCUGCAGCGGCAGCGGGUGGCGAGGGGAUGGAUGAGGGGAAGAAGAAGCGGAAGGGCCCCAAGGAGGAGGGGGAGAUCCAGCCGGCUGCCCCUGAUGUGCCCACGCUGGUGGAGCUGAAGUUGAAGUUUUAUGAGCUCAUGAUUCGCUACUACACAAACACAAACGACUAUCUGGAGAUCUGCCGGUGCUACCAGAACAUUUACGACACGCCGGCUGUCAAGGCCGACCAGGAGCGCUGGAUCCCGGUGCUGAAGCGGAUCUGCUGGUAUCUCGUGCUGGCACCACACGGCAGCAUGCAGUCGUCUCUUCUCCACUCCACCUUCGCUGACCCUCACCUCCUCGACCUCCCCAAGUUCCGAGCGCUACUGAAGCUGUUUAUAACGAUGGAGGUGGUGGGGUGGCCGCAGCUGCAGGCGGAUUACAGUGCGGAGAUGCAGGAGGAGAAGCCCACCGUCUUCCUCAAGGACUCUGCUCUCGAGGACCUGCGCCUGCGCGUCAUCCAGCACAACAUCCUGGUGGUGUCCAAGUAUUAUGUGCGCAUCACCAUGGCACGGCUUGCCCAGCUGCUCUCCCUGACUGUCCUGGAGGCGGAGAAGUUUUUAUCAGAUAUGGUGGUGGAGAAGGUGUUGGUGGCUAAGAUUGACCGGCCGGCAGGGAUUGUCACGUUUGGCGAGAGGCAGGAGAGCGGAGUGCAGCUGUUGGAUAAAUGGGCGAGCGACAUUGCGAAGCUCCUUGACCUUGUGGAGACGAGCUGCCAUCACAUUCACAAGGAGGCGAUGGUGCACAAGGUGGUGCUUAAAACAUGA